AUGACCCAGCUAGAUCGCAUCAUGGACUACGUCGAUGCCAUCAACACCCGCUCCUCCCAGAUCCUCGACACUAUGGACCUGGCGGCGCUGGUGAUGGCUCGAAUACAGAUGUACCACGACAGCAUCGCCGACUACGACCACGACAUCGACGAUAUAAGGGAUGUAUUACUCGAUAAUGUCACCAGUAUCCACCAGCUCAACCAGCUCUACGAGAAAUGUUACCUUUUAGAAGCUAACCUCGCGUCCAACGAUGGGUUCACCAAUCACACCACGUUUGAGCAUUUGACUACAGAGUUCCAGUACGUGGUCAAAGGGCUUGCACGAAACGAUGCCUACGAUGCCACCGCCACUGCUACCAACCAACGGCUGAUAUACCAACUUAGUGAGCUUGAUUCGCCGCUACUAAAUCAGCAGACAAAGCAGACAGACCAGUACGUGGACGACUCAAGCAGUCACACCCUCCACGACUCGCUGGCCGAAGAUAUCAACGUGGUGUCGGCGAAGCUCUCGAUGCUGAAUUUAAAGCUUAAGCCGAUCAAAUGUCACAACACUAAGGUGAACAAAAAGAAGAGCAAAUACCGGCUUCUGAGUAUCUAUACGCUCAACCCUUUUGCAGUACCGCUGGACGUCACUACCCCUGUCAUCGAUAACAUGGCACAGUUUAAACCUAACCCGGAUUUGGACGAUCUCCAAACUCCCGAUAUUACCCAAAAUGAGUUUCCCGCUCCCGAUAAAGAAGAAGGAGAGGAAGAUGAAGACGACAUUGAAGACAACAUUGAAGAAGAUGAUGGCAUUGUUUAUGGUGUGGUACAGGACACCUCGCCGAUGUUUAAACGAACGAUAAGAGGUGGUGGUAAAAUACUGCUACAUAAGUCAGCUUCGCUACCCGAUAUCCUGUUUGACCAACCCUAUUUAACUGACGACCAUUACGAACAAGAGCCUCCGACAACUCAGCGGGAAUUCCAGCGCCGUUUAGCCCAUUUCAUCAGCUGCAAUGCUCUCCCAGACAUGCCGCAAUCGUCACCCGGGGGACUUAACCGUGAACCCCAAUUCACUGCUUACGACGAUAGUGACAUCGAAUCCAUCUCUUCCGACGAUACCUUUGGGCAGGCCCCAACGUCAGCGUCGUCGCUCACUAAUCUCGACGAGUAUCUCCGCAAGCUGCGAGUGGAUAUCAACGACGUCGCUCCUGAACUCCCCACGAAGACCAGCCUGCACGAUCUGUUCCUCGACAAGCGCACCGUCACCGUGUCAGCACUGGUGUACCAUACGCCUACUAUCAUGUGUAACACUGCUCCCAUCGUCGAGCCUUCGGCAGUAUGUGCUUCGUUCAGUGGUAACACUAAUGGGUUUGGCAGCUCCAAGCAAUUACUUUCCAGCAUGAUCAAUCGACAACCAGCUCCCAAACGACUGCUGGCGGUGGUGACAACGUCGGUGGGGCGACUGGCUCCGGUGGCCAUGGCAGGACCGCGUCCGGUGUUGUCUCCUCUGCAUAUUUCGCUGCUGAUUUCCAACUUCUGGAACUCGUUACUGGCGUCACCGUCAUCGCUGCCGACUAAGCGCAAACGACGGUCUCCCCCUCCUUCUUCCCAAAACCCUCCUCGCCUGAAUCCUGCUGAUGACUUGACUAAUAGCUUUUUAGAGCUUAUGCGACGGUCAAAGGAGAAACAGGCUCAACCAUCACCACCACCUGAUCGUCUACGCCAGAUACAGAGUCAGCCCCGUCACGGACCAAUAAAACCGGUAAACCCGUUGAGUGAAAAGCGGCGACCUAUUCGUAUUCCUGGAGCUAUACCGGGGGCGCGGUCUCUGCUUAUCAUCGGUGAACGAGGGGCAUUGAUCAACCACGGCGAGUCUCUGAUAUUCCACCGCCCCCGCAUGAGCCAAGUGAGGCAAAGAGCACUUUCUGAAGCCCUCUCGCAGAGCCUACAAUAG